AUGGCAGCGCCAACAAAGGCCGUUGCGCCAACCAAGCAGCUCCAACCCCAGACCAAAGACAGCAAACGAGUCAUCGAAGCACAAAAGAAAUACGGCCGCGGCCGCGCCAUCCGAACCCACAGCAUCCGCGACAAGAAACUGCGCCGGAACCUGCAAGCCGUCGAAGAGAAAUACAAGGCCGCCGCGCUCCAAGCCAAAGAUGCCGAGAUCCUGCACGAGCAUGAGGCCGGGUUCAUCGAGCCCGAGGGCGAGAUGGAGCGGACGUACCGCGUGCGCCAGGACGAUAUCACAGCGAGUGUGGGCAUUGAGACGGCGAAGAAGAAGUUCGAGUUGAAGUUGGAAGAUUUCGGGCCGUAUCGCAUGGAUUACACACGGAAUGGUCGAGAGCUGUUGUUGGCGGGGAGGAAAGGGCAUGUUGCGACAAUGGAUUGGCGGAAUGGGAAGCUCGGGUGUGAGUUGCAUUUGAGGGAGACGGUACGGGAUGCGCGGUGGCUGCACAAUAAUCAGUACUUUGCUGUCGCUCAGAAGAAGUCGGUGUAUAUCUACGAUAGCAAGGGUGUUGAGCUGCACUGUUUGGAUCGGAUAGUCGAACCCUGCUUUCUUGAUUUCCUUCCCUAUCAUUUUCUCCUCGCUUCUGCUCAAAUGAGCGGCCACCUCAAAUACACCGACACAUCAACGGGCCAACUUGUCGCCGAAUUCCCCACUAAAGUCGGCGCCCCGACAUCCCUCGCCCAAAACCCCUGGAACGCCAUCAUGCACGUCGGCCACCAAGACGGCACCGUCACCCUCUGGUCCCCAAACACCGAAACCCCACUCGUCAAAGCCCUCGUUCACCGCGGCCCAGUCCGCUCCAUGGCCAUCGACCGCCAGGGCCGCUACAUGGUCUCAACAGGUCAAGACCUCAAAAUGGCCGUCUGGGACAUCCGCAUGUACCGCGAAGUCCAUUCCUACGCCUGCCGCCAACCCGGCUCCUCCGUGGCCAUCAGUGACCGCGGCCUCACUGCCGUCGGCUGGGGCACACAGACCAGCAUCUGGCGCGGCCUCUUUGACGCCGCGGCCGCGAACGAAGAGAAGGUGAAGCAGCCCUACAUGACCUGGGGCGGUGAUGGCCAGCGCGUCGAAAACAUGCGCUGGUGUCCCUUUGAGGAUAUCCUGGGUAUCGCGCACGACAAGGGCUUCGCGAGCAUCAUCGUCCCCGGCGCAGGUGAACCCAACUUUGACGCCCUCGAGGUGAACCCGUACGAGAACCCGAAGCAGCGCCAGGAGGCCGAAGUCCGCGGCCUCAUGCACAAGCUGCAGCCCGGUAUGAUCUCGCUGGAUCCCGAUUUUAUCGGCAAGGUCAAUACGAUCAGCGACAAGAAGAUCCGCGAGCAGCGAAACCCGGACCACAAGCCCGAGGAUACGAUGGAGAAGCUCAAGAAUCGGGGCCGUGGUCGGAACAGUGCGCUGCGGAAGUAUCUGCGGAAGAAGGGCAGGAAGAAUGUCAUCGACGAGAAGCUGCUCAAGGCGCAGGCGCUGCACAAGGAGCGCUCGGCACGUGCAAAGGACAGACUCAAUGCCGAAAAGGAAGGGCUGGGGCCGGCUUUGGCUCGGUUUGCGAAGAAGGAUCUAUGA